AACUUGCAUUAUCUACAAGAUUUAGUCCAACAUAAUCACUUGCCUGAUGCAACCCGUCCAGAAGUCGUAAAAGCUAUAACUGAACUUAAAAAACGUGCAUCUGAAACCAGAGAAAAGCCCGUACAACUUAUUCAAAAUUAUAGUAUCUCUGAUGAUAUUCAACCAUUUAUGCCGUCACUUAAUGCUCUUCGUCAAAUAGUUUCUCGUUCUAAAAAAAUAGAGAAAAUACCACAAACACAAAAUGUUCUAGAAAUUAAUAUCCCACCUUCAUUGCAUGUUACUUUAAAUG